GAUUUUCCCGGAAGUUACCCAUGCGACUCGAAGGCGUACCGGCUCCAUAGAGCAGAAACAUCGCAUUAUGGCCUCUCUGUGAGCCUCCUGAUGCGACAGCUGUGUACACACCUUACCGGCAAUCCGUCACCAUCGACGCCUUGAUCAUGGACCCCCGGUCCAGAGGCUUUUUUCGGGGCCAUCGGAGUUGUCAAUAGUACUCCUAAAGUACUAUAUUAUUAGAUUUUGAGCACUGUCACUUUUGCAUGCCCGGGGAUUUAAACCGAAGUGACAGCAGUAGCCCUCACCCCAUCUGCCGGUCAGCUAUCAAGCUAGCUCACAAAGUCAGUAGCCAAGAAGGGCAUCACUUUUUUGGAGUAAAGGACAAGGAAACUACAACACCACCGUUUUCUCUGAUAGAAGACCGAUCUGAGGCUGAAUCCCCGAAUUCUCACUCUGCAACACAUUCACUAUUGAUUCCCGGUAAGAAUAAAACCAACCAACGCUAGCUCGAAGUGGUGUUUGUCGACGGCGCUCAGGCUAGUAGGCUAGCAGGCUAACAGGCUAAUGCUAGCUGGUUCACCGGGCCCGGCCGGCUGUCAGCCUACACACACACCGAAAGCUAACCAUCUAUCAUCUCUGUCAGUGAUUUAUAACAGUAUGUAAAAAAAUAUAUGUAAUUGGAAUAAAAUAUUUUUUAAUCAUAGAAUUUCACCGGCUAAAGCUAAGCUAACGCUGGCUGAAGUGACAGCCCGGGUUUCUGCCUCUCAUGGCUGAUCUUAAUUCACUAUAUCCCCGCAGGCUUUACAUCCUUUAUUGGUCGCUGUUUAUAAGUGAUAUUCAGUUUGGUUUAAUCGCCGAUAUCUCCACCUUGUAACUCUAUAGUAUUAAACCCGUUUAUAUGGUACAGUUUGAAAUGAAAUGUGGGCUUGAUAGUGGGGCCUGUAUCUGGAUUCAUGUCGUCAGAUCGGGCAGGGCUAACAUGAACCAACAAUAGCUCUACUGUAACCUAAACCAUGCCAAGGCUUCUAACAUGACUUCACCCCUCUGAAAAUUAACAUCAAUGUGACAUUGAUAACGAAAAAAAAUCCUUAAACUUAUUAAAACUGUAUGAAUGAGUUGCGCGGUUGCUAAGGUUAAAUGUGGAUCAGCCACGUAGCGUCACUAAGCGGACUCUCCGUGGUAGUGGGACACGUAUCGUUAGCCUGCUCCGGUCGGGAAUACUGCGCCGCUAGCAGGCCAUUGUAAAACAUUCUUCCUUUUUUUUAUUGCAAUUUAACACAAUCUGAAACUUUUCCUACACGGCUUUACUGAAUGAAGACGAUUAAACUAUGUAGCCCUCUCUAUCUCCAUUGCAGGGACAUAUGUUAGUGUAUUACACGGACGUCCUGAGUGGGGGAAAAAAGCGUGGCAUUAGCCGGCAGCUAAUGGUUCCUCUGUCAGCAGGUGGAUGUUGUGUGUUACACGUCUGCUUUUAGAGGGAUCAUGUAUUUGACACGACUUUGCUUUCUGAAAUCCAAGGUCUUCUAAUGGGGAUUUGUAAUAUACUUAAUUUUUGGAUGGAUCAUCUGCUUAUGUUGCUAGCACAACCAGGGGGCAUUGAAGCCACUGUUAACAGAGUGAAUGAACUUUGACCUGAGGUAUCCAUUUUCUACAUUCACUCAUGAUUGGACCCAUCCAAGUGUGUGAAUCUUAAAACCUUUGAAUUAGAUGCUCAUUGCAACACCUUUUUACCCCAUUUGUCCUCCAUUUAACUUUUUACGCUGUCUUGUAGGGGUGGGAAUCUUUUACUGUCUCACUAUUCGAUUCCGAUUUUUGGAGCCACGAUUCAAUUUAAAAUCGAUCUUCGAGUCUAAACGAUUUUAUUCAUAAUGAUUUCUGACCUGGUUUCUGAUCAGCUGUGCAAGAUAGAAUGACAAAUAAGGACAUUAAAGUGUCUUUUUCACAUUUAUUAAGACCGUGUUCCCCCUAGAUUUUUUUCGGCUGUUGCUACGCUGUUACGUUCACUUUACGUUACCCGCGCUACUCGCUACAUAGACCAUGUAUAAGCUUAAACGUUACCCUUCACAUGAGUGGAAGAGGGUCAGACAGGAAAAACCAACACACAACACUAACAAAAAUAACAUUGUGUCUUGUUGUGCUCACACAGCGCGAGUAGAGAUUAUUAGUGCCGCGUCGAUAAUAAUGCUACUAAUGCUAUUAAUGCUACUCACUAUGUAGACCGUGAAGAAGCUUGAACGAUAUCUUUCACGUCGAUAGAGAGGGUCCGACAGGAUUUGAUGACUCCUUGAUGACUCACAACAAGACGGAAAUAACGUUGCGUGUUGUUGUGCUCACAAGGUGUUAGUAGAAUCAUUGAAUGUAGGGGAAACACUGUCGAUACAUAUGAGUCCGAGGUAGAACUAUGUGAGAUAAAAACUAAUUUUUUUUAGGUGUGGCGGCUUUUUUUUUAGCUGUUUUUAUUUUCGUGCGAUUAUUUCGGACGUAAAUUUUUUUUUCUUUCGAACCCGUAUCCUGUCAAUACAAGCGUUCACAUCAGCGACGUUUUCCCGUUCUGCGAUAUUAAGGCAUUUAUUUUUUUCAGAUCAUGGCCGAUUUUUUUAAAAGUUGCAUACUGUGUGUCCACUUCUGACCAAUCAGAUUGCGUGUUGUUGCGACGUCAGAUUCACCAGCUGACUGUUUACGUGUCGGAGAACAGAAUGCUUUUUAAUAAAAAAACACAAAUAUUACAAAGAUAACGACCUGAAGGACAACUUGUGGAGAGUCAUAGCGUCGGAUUCCUCAUAUGAAGAUAGUUCAUCUGUGCUAACGUAUGCUAACGGUUGUUACCAUAGUUUCAUGUGUUUAUUUUAUCGCCUCUGAUUGGCUAUAAGUGCUGACCGUUUGGUUUGAGCAUGAAAUAACGUUUCGAGCUUUUCUAGCCAAUCAGUGGCGAAGGAGGCGGGACUUUCCCCAGCAAAAGUCUUCCCUGGGAUGCGUCUUUUUCCUCAGGAAAUUCGCAAAAUCGCAUCGGGCUUGAUGUGUAUAGUCAGGCGCGUCAAAAUUGGCCUCCGGAUAUUGCGUACUUUCGCGUUCUAUAUUUGUGUCGGCCCUGAUGUGUAAGGACCUUUUAAGCAUUUAUCUAUGCCUGGAAUUUUUACAAGCAAUAUCACAUACUGCUGCAGUAACAAAACUAAAAGUAUCUCUUUAUAUUAAAAAAAGUUUAUAUAAAAAGUAUAUAUAGUUUAGCUUUAUAUUGUUUGUAUAAAAAAUAGCUUCGUGAAGCUCUGCAGCGUGCGUUGGUCUGCUCAGCUAUUUUGGGACAUUUUAAAUAGAUUCUGAAUCGUUGUAAAUUAGAAUAGCGAUUCUUGUGUGAAUUGACUUUUUGGCGCACCCCUACUGUCUUGCAAAGUUGUCACUUGAAAUUUUUCGUUUUUGGAAUAGCCAAUGGCAGUUUUUGGGGAGUUGUGAUCUGCUUGACCUCAUGUAUUAACUGUGCCAUAUGCAGGUUCACUACAUUUUGAGAGCUGGUGAUGUUAUCAUAGGCGAAACCACAGGCCACACCCAACCUGCUCGAUUAGAUGUCACCACAUGUUUCCAGCCCCUCAUGCAUCAUUAUAUCGUUUCUAGUUUUGUUUCUGAAUUGUGUAACAGAGGUUUAAUAGAGUAAGACCAUUUUUAGUAUUUCUCGAUCCUCUCUUUUUCAGUAAAGGUUGGCAACACAACGCCACCCUGAUGCAGAACCAUAAAAGAACGUGAAAUGAACAAACCGCCACAGCCUAUAACGGGACCCACCUCUGUCCCAAACCCUGCCCCAUCCCCCGGACUAACACAGGUAAAGGACACUUAACAUUUCAAAAUGUGAGGUUCUUCUGUUAGAUGAAGGUUAUUAAUCAUAUCUAUUCUCUCUCCUCAAGGCUGCCUACGGCCCUGGCCAACCACCCUCCCUAGUUUUUGCCACCCCACCUCCACAAAUGAACCCUGCACCACAGCCAAGACAGGUAAUGACAUGAACACGCCUCUUUUAGGAGCGCUCUGUGUUGAGGUGUCACGAUAUUUGUUACCUCGUCUAGAAACCCACCCGUUCUUAUUCUUCCACAAGGAUUUCUGACAUGGCUUCCACUGCUUGAAGGCCUUGGCUAUUUCUGUGUGUGUGUGUGUGUGUGUGUGUGUGUGUGUGUGUGUGUGUGUGUGUGUGUGUGUGUGUGUGUACGUGAGUGUUGUAGCCUAUUUGCAGUCUUCCUCCUAGAGUGUCAAUCUUGACUUCUGUCCUCUCUUUCUGCUGUCCUCCCAGUUUGCUGCAGGCCCCCGUACUUUACACCAACAGGUACUAACACCCCUCACUUUUCCCCUGUAUCCCCCCCCCUCCAUCUACUUUGUAAUGCAUGCUUUCAGAGCACCUGAUUGGAACAAUCUAGUUGUUUCUUCCUGAGAGCCAGUAAAGUUGAAUUCUGUAUUUUGUGUUUAUCAUGAAAAUAUACAUUUCUUAAUUAUAAGUGGUGUCAGGUUACAUUCAUAAUGUGCCCUUUUUUUACAUUGUUCCUUCACAAACCUAUAUUUAGUCCCUUGCUACUUUGAGUUCAUAAUACUUCUGAGUAGUUCUUACAUAUGGUGUAUAAAAAUUGAUGAUGCCUAACUCGAGGUCAGCUUAAAAAGUUUCCACAUUCAGACAUUUAUCCAGAGCUCACAUGCAGCUGGAAAGUUACUCUUAAACCACUCAUGACUGCGACCUGGAGGACUGCAGGAGACCCUAAUUCUCCAAAGCGGCAUCCGCAGCUACGGUUGUCCUGUCGUAACUGCUCAUGGCUGCGAUGUUUUGCUGCUGCUUCCUCUUUUACACUUUGUGUUCUCGACCUUCCACGUUGUCUCAUGUCCUCAUUCUCACUUUAAUCUCACUCCCUCUCUUGCUUUCUGCUUAUGUGUUGCGCGGCUGAAGGGUGGAUACCGAGCAUUACAGGUAACGGCUUCUCUCUUGGUCCCCCCCCUCCCCUCCUCCUUUCACUCUGGCUAACUCUCAGUUAAGCAGGGAGAUUUGACAUGCAGUACGAUUGAUACUCUGUAACCUAAGAACUGAACUCGCUGUACACAUUGGCAGUUGCCGUGAGUGCAUUGCUACCAGCAGAGCUUCUGGUGUGCUGAGCGUACACCCAAUCAGACAUUUCACAUUGAAGAUAGGACUCUCAUGAGUGUGCACAUGGUAAAACAGGUUUACUGCAGCAGUGAUUUACUCCAAUGUCCCGCAUCUUUCUUCCAGAGUUACUAUCAGAACCGACCGGCCAUGGCCCCCAGUGCUCCCAGGGUACAAACAAGUAGCGGCCCUCGACCUGUCGGACCUGCUCAUGUGUACCCAACAGGCUCCCAGAUGAUGAUGCUCUCCCAGCAGCAGCUGUCUUUUGCCGGCUCUCCUCAGGGCUACUUCAUUCCCCCUGGACAGGUUAGUCCACAUUAGGAGCCACUAUUUUGUUUGAACUUUACAAUCACAACACAUCUACCCCAAAACCUGUACACACAUCGUGAGACUACAAGACAGUACUUUUUUUGAUAAAGCCGUGUGUUGCAUUAUGGGUUGUUCGUAGUUUUUAAGUGUCUUCGAGAGCAAUUUUCACAAUGUCAGGAUUACUACCGUAUUUUUCGCACUAUAAGGCGCACCUGAUUAUAAGGCGCACCAUCAAUAUGCGUCUAAAGCGCAAACAAAACAGUCAGAUAAGUCAAACUUUAUUUAUUUAACUCUGUGAGGCUACGGUAGCUGCAGCGCUCCGACAAGCCAAAAGGAUUUUGAGUGCGCCUCAUAGUGCGAAAAAUACGGUAGUUUUUUUUUUUUUUUUUUACUACCUUGGAUUUUUUGGGGGGUUCUCAGCCAACAGUGACAGCAUGUAUUGCUGCCUUAUCAAAACAAUCGAAACAUUAGGUGAGCUAAAAAAAUUGAAGUUUGAAAAAUGACAUCUCCAGAGAAAGGAGAAAUGACAGAAACCAAUCUGGAAAUCUGGUCUUGUUUGGGAAAGAGGAUUGUUCCAUAUCCAACAGUCUGGCAGAGAUUAACAUGAAGCACUCACAAUCAAAAUGCUCCACCCAUUGUUACUCCGUCUGACUUUUUCUGUUGUUUCUGCAGUACCGGGCCCCAUAUAUGCCUCCCACUCAGCAGUAUCCUGUUACCAGCGGUACAGCAGGAUUCUUCCCUGGAACUAGCCCUGCCGAAUACCCAGGUUAUGGUAAGAGGUGUAGCUUAAAACUCGAAACAGCCAAGCACAGCCAUAAAAAUGAGGCGUUGUCACUUUACAAAUACCAGAAGCGCAGUUUGACCAGAACGAGAAAUGAGACCUCUGGGCUCAUUCCUAAACUUUUCACAUACCUUUUAGCCAGUAUGGUGUCGCUGGAUGUGUCGUGGUUUUGCUUGGCUCGUUGGUGUGUUUAACGUCUUUUUGUACACGGUAAACUGCCAGUUGCAUGUGGUCUGGCUUGAUUCUGCUUUGGCCCGCGGUCUCUUCUAUCUGCAGUCUCACCUGACGCUGCCUUACAGGUUCCAUGAAAUGACUGUGAACCGAGAACUUAAUGCAGAAGGUGGAUCCGUGUGCAAACCUGAUGUCGGGGUCGAGAUUGACUCUUGAUUUUGUUUUCAAGUGCGACCUCAAAUACAGUCCUUACCUGUAUGACUGCUGUGAAUGCUCAUUGGCUUUAAGAAAAACGAACCGACAACUUCCAGUCCAAUGUGGUUUUAGCGAACAAGGUUUCAGACUCUUCAUGCGAGUUUUAUUUCAAUAAAAGAAACUUGCAGCCACCAAAGCAGCGUGUAAAGAAAAAGAAAAUUGGUCAUUUCAUGGGACCUUUUUAACACCCUGCUUCCUCUGGAUCCUCUCAUUAACUCAUUCUGCAUCUGUCUCUUCCUGCCCUCUUCUCCUUCUUUCCUCCCUCUCCCGUCCCUCACCCCCCUUCCCCCCUCGUUUGCUGCGUUGGUUGGUUCAGAGCCCUCUCUUGCUGCGAGGGAGAGGCGGGGUGGCGGGGGGAGAGGGGGCGGGCGAGAGAACGGCCGUCUCUCUCUCCACGGUGCUCCUCUCACCUCCCAGCGCUACCCUGGUGAGUAGUGUGUGUGUGUGUGUGUGUGUGUGCUUGUGUGUCGGCCAGCAGGCUUUAGUGGCAAAACUCUCUGUGGCACUUUCUGUCUCUGAUAGUGUUGAAUGUAUUGUUUUUUUUCUCCUCUCUUUGUUACUCACACAUUAUUACAUGAACAAAUGAUCACUUCUAUUGAUAGAACCGGAGUCCACUAUAGACGUCUUUGAGAAGAUGUUUAAUCAGUUUGAAACAGGAUGUAUUUAACGUGAUAUCAAUAGAGAAAGUUAUGAAUGCCCUGUUCAGAGUAUUGAAUGUCUGAAUUUCAAUGUCUCAAUAAUAGGUUAUAAAAAGAGAUGUUAUUAAUUUUUAUAUUAGUGUUAACGGGGUAUCUGCGGGGUCUUAAAGUCUAAAAUCCAAUCAUUUAAAUUUAAGGUCUGAAAACGUCUAAAAUUCUCUUAAAAUCUCAUAAAAUGUCUUAAAUACGAUUUUGAAAGAUCUUAAAAAUUAUUCUUUUUACUUACAAAUAGGUAACUUGCCAUAGGAAUAAAGAUUGAUUUGAAAUAAUUUAAAAUAAUAUGAUUUCCCUUCAUGUCUUUUGAACUUUUUAGCCAGUAUGGAUGUAAAAUGGGUCUUAAAUCGUAUUAAUCACAAUCUUAAAAAAGUCUCUAAAAAGUCUUAAUUUGACUUGUUGAAACCUGCGGAGACCCUGUAGAAAUAACUUUGAAACUCACGCAUGCUCCCCUCUGCAGUGGACCAAAAUACCAGUGGGUUUGCUGGUUCAGUCUAACUCUGCGGCAUUAAAUAAUAGCAAAUGCAGAUUAUCAUAGCAACAGUCUUGUUAAUCCAGGAUGAAUGCUUUAACGUGUUUGUUUUCGCAGCUUAAAUACUGUUUAUUUUUUUUCUCCCUCCCCCUUACCUUCCAGCUGGGGCGUAUUAUCCAGCUCAGCCACAGUACCCUGCGUCUGUCCAGCCUGCACCUGUCAUGAUCAACCCCGCGCAGCAGCAGCAACAAGCCCCGCCUCCCCAGCAAGCGCCGGCACAGUCACAAGGCCCACCAAAGAGGGAACGCAAACCGGUAGUGUGUCACAACAAAAGGGCUGCACGCCUCUUCUCUGAGGUCAAAAAAACUAACAACAACAACAAACUGUUUGAGCAGAAAUGUUUUGUCUCUUCAAUGUGGAAUGUUCUCUUUUACCUGAAAAUAACAAUAGGGUUUAUUAUGAUAGGCGCCAGCUGUAGACCAGCAUUGACAGAAGCUUUUCAUACUGUUUGUCUUUUUUUUGUGUGUGUGUGUGUGUGUCAGACUGAACUCAUCGGUAUCUUGUUCCUUUUAUGUUUUUAGAUUAGAAUACGAGACCCGAACCAAGGUGGGCGUGAUAUCACAGAAGAAAUCAUGUCAGGUGGAAGGUCCACUACCACGCCGACCCCCCCACAGGUGAGGAGGGUUUCAAGAUGUAACCAAAAAAAAUGUCUCUGCUGUCGUAUUUCUGGUUUUAAGAGCCGAACACUGAUAAUUAUUUGUGUAUUGAGUGUAAAAAUUAAAGAUGAGCUGCGCAGGUUUACAAUAGUGUUUACCUUUUAAUGUGGAGCUAAACGCAGAACUGUGUUGACUGCACGAUGGCAGCUUUACUUCAGAUCUCUUCACCCUCGCACUACGUCGGCAAAAAAGUCGCAUUCAAAAAGUGUCCUCCUGUGUCGUCGUCUAAUAAGCGAUCUGAUCAGCUCGAUACUUCUGCAGCACAGAGAAUGUUAACAAUGAAAACUAUGAACACGAGCCAGCUGAUGCGUUUGACAACACCACGCAACCCCCCUUUAUCUAAAUGCUUUAUGAUGAGCUUGUGAGGGAGGAGAGCUGUUAUAAUGUGGCGCUGCUACACCCACGACCAGUCUCAGCAUGCUUUGGCAGUACUUUGCUUCUAUGCUUGCUGUGGUCUGUGUGAUAAUGCAGUAAAACACCUCGUACUGUAUUUUUUAUAGGUGCCGCACUAGUGUGUAGGAUGCAGCUCACCUUUCAGAUAACAUAAAAGAAAGAUCAAGCUCAAUGGAUUUUCUUACCUGGUUAAAUUAAAAAAAACAAUAAAUGAAAUAAAAGGUGUUAAAAAUGUGUAAUAUAGACUAAAUCCUUCUGUAGUUCUUUCUUUAUUUCGUAAUUGUUCAGUCGGAGCUGAAAGUGUCGAUUAUAAAGUGAAUGUCAGCGUGAGUAGAUUAAGACUAAUAUUAAAAAAACUAGAAGAGGUGAAGCAAGUUAAUUUACAUGCACAUUUCAGCAACAUUAAAUGAAAGACUGAAGUUAUCAGAACAAAGGCGUCUGAACUCACGACAUAAAAUCAAAGCAAAAUUUCCUCUGCGUUUUCUCUCAAACAUCUCUCCCAGAGGCGAAAAAAAUCGACCAGAAAAACUCUCUAAAAAAAAAAAAAAAAAGAAACAAUGACAUUUUGUUGAUUUGUUUGAACAAAGGUCUCAUUGUGAGAGGAAACAAUGCAAAGAUUAGGAAUUCCUUCACACCAGCGUCAAACUUAAUUCAUUUCUAAUUGAGGUGAUUGUAUGUUUCGACCUUCUUUAUGUUAACACCUUCUUAUUGACGCUGGAAAAAUGCAGCACGGCGUUUCUCUGGGCAAAUAUGCGCUAAUUCUUUUUUAGCUGUGAUGAGCUUACGAGAAUGUAGAGUUUACCUCGAGAAAUACUGAAGGGAUUCAACGGCUCCAGAAUUAUUGUAGAGUUGAAUCAAACGUUUGCUGUUUAUUUUAAAAUUGUCCUGAUUUGUUCAGCUUAUAAAAUACUUGAUGCGUUUCUUUUGCCCGUAGGCCUCGGCAGCAGAUGGAAGCCCUGCACAGACCAAUGGGGAAGUCAUUCAGCCUGUUACUACAAUAACAAGAAGAGGUGAGGAUGUUUUUUUGUUUGGAUUUGAAUUAGAAGAGCGAUAUGUCGUCUGCACUCGUACUGAGAAUAUAUUUGAUGCUUCUGUGUCCAGAUGAAAGUUUGGAGCCUCCCUCCAAUGCCGACACCCCGCCACCUCCCGCCACAGAAAACACUGACCUGAUGAUGGAGGAAACGGACACCCAGAUAUCACCCCCUGCAGAGUUGGCUUCGCAAACCGAAGCCCCCGCAGCUCCUACUGAGGUGCCACCCCCGGAGACAAAAGACCAGGAGUCUUCCUCUGUCCCCCCUCCUGCAGCAGCUUCUCCUACAGCCCCCGCUGAGGAGGUAAACAAAGUCGAUACUAAAGUCAGCGACACGGUAGAUGCUCCUGUCGUCCCUCCAGAACCGUUAGCAGCACAAGAGGCACCUGCCAAAAUGGAGGCACCACAGGCCAGCCCAGCUCCCGCCGAAAAGGCUUCAGAAACAGAGGCGGAGAAAACUGAAGAGGUGAAGAAGCUGGAAAAAGAAGAGCAGGUGGUCAGCGUGGAAGAGGAGCCGGCGGUUGAGGUUGAGGCGACAGCUACUCCUGUCGUCGAGGAAAACAAAGAGACUGUAACAAAGACAACAACUGAAGUUUCUCAGCCUCCGCCCUGCGAAGAGGAACCCGUUGCUCCACCGAUCCAGAGCGAGGCCCCGAGCCCUGCACCCGCCUCUGAACCUUCACCCGCCCCGGAACCCGCCCCUGAACCUGAACCUGAACCGAAAGUCGAACCCGCACCAGCCGAAAAGACGGAGCCCCUCCUCUCCAACGGCCUUCCUCAGGACGCCGAAGAGCUGUCAGAGGAUUUGGCGUUUUCAGACACUAAACCCCUCGACAAGCCCAACGCUUCUCAAUCUCAGGAACCCACACCUUCGGCUAAAACGGCAGCGCCGGCCCAGGAGGUGGUGGAGGUGGAGGAGAAAGAGAAGAAAGAGGAAGAAGUCAAGGAGAAGAGUGAAGAUGCCCCUCCCACACCUGUACUCACAGAGCAAUCUACUACUAUGCAAGGUAAGUUUGGGCAAGUGAUCAAAUCUUUAUUUAACAACAGCUUUAGCAACACAAACCGUAAAAAUACUCCAAACUGAGAUUGAACGAUCACUGGGCUACCUGUAAGUAAAUAAAGCGCACUCUAUUUACUCACUUAAUAUCAGCCUAGAUUGAAGCUUAUGAGCGACAUGAUGAGAUACUGGAUAGUGCCAGAGUUAAUGGUGAUCCACAGCUGCUAAAAACUAUCAGGCAGCCACAUGUGGAGACAGAGAUGUAAGGAGAGGAACAGGAGGUUUGUGUGUAUCUGUGUGGGUUUGACGAGAGAGAGGCGAUCGACAUUGGUCUCUGUCAUAAUAUAAGAGAAAGCCCAGGUUUCAGCGUUAUAAAGGAUUUUAAAUUGAGGCUUGAUGAGGCUGAUAUGAUGAUGUGAUAGAUCUUCAGGCUCAGAUUCUAUAGUUUUUAAUUACUCAGUGCACCAAAUCCAAGAAAUCUGACGUUUAACUAAAUGUUAUCACUUUUGAGUGAUCUCUGUGUUUUUAAUAACACUCAUUUUGACAGUGCCUUAAUUUUCCACUAAUAUUUAUGGCCGCUAUUUGUGUCAGUCUGAGUGUGAUUGUGAUAUCAACACUGUCCCGUUCUCUCCAAGCUGCUACGUCUGUGCCAAAGAAGAGGAAAAACAUGAAGGAGUUCAACAAGAAGGAGGCGAUUGGGGACCUCCUGGAUGCCUUCACAGAGGUGUGUGUCGGACCGAAUGACAUGGAGGGCUACAGUGUUGAGGCGUUUUUAAUUCUACUUCGAUUGGUGGCGGUUUCAUCUCUAUUCUCACUCGUCUCUGACUGUUUUGUUUGAUGCAGGAGCAGGAUACCAAACCUGCCUCUGAACCCUCGUCCACUCAGCCCGACCCUGUCCCCGUCGCUCCGGCUGAACCUCCCGCGGAGGUCGCUGAUGAGACCUGGGAGGAGAAAGAGGACAAGCAAAAUGCAGAGCCUGAAAAGCCUAAAGCCACAUCUGAGCCAAGUGGGCAGAAAUACCAGUACAAAGAAGGUAAGCUACAUCCAAAUUAUUAAACGUAGAUAAACAAGAAUAGAUCUGCAGGUUCCAUUAUUACGCACACCUUUUAAAAGACAAUUUCAGGUACACAAGUAGAACAUUUUCAUCACAGACUACAUUACUCUGAAUCCUCUUUGUCCUCUCGUGACUCUCUCAGAGCAAUGGAAGCCGAUUGAUCCAGAAGAGAAGAAGCGGUACGACAGGGAAUUCCUCCUGGGCUUCCAGUUUAUCGGUGCCAGUAUGCACAAACCUGAGGGCCUUCCUCUUAUCAGUGAUGUGGUCCUGGACAAGGUAUGUUAGGUUCCUGCCUCUUGGCUGUCUAGUUAGAUAGGAAGACUAUUUUUGCUUGUUGACAGGGCAGUAUUUCAUUUUUCUUGCUAUUUGACAUCUCAAGCAUGGAUGGUUAAGAUUUGUUUUGUGUGUGUGUUUUAGGCAAACAAGACUCCCCUGCGGCCUGUUGACCCAACUCGAAUAAUGAAUGUCGGUCCUGAUUUUACUCCUUCAUAUUUGGGGAACCUUGGGAGCAGAUCUGUGGGAGGACCACGAGGCCCGGUGAGUGACUUGUUACGAGAACUUUCUGCUUUGGUCUGUUGUGAAGAAAUACUUUUGUUACCUACUUUUUCAUCUUAGCAGUGAUAGAGGUAGGCUUUUAAAUGAGGAAAUGCCUCAUUGUGACUUGAGUAGGGCUGUCCCGAUCCGAUAUUGAUAUUGGAUAUCGGUCCAAUAUCAGCAAAAAAUAAAAAAUCGGCCUGCAUCUAAAAUCUUAGAUAUCAAAACUCUGAUACAAGCAGUUCAAUCCAGAACCUCUAUCUUUUGUCUGUGUUAGGGAUGUCCCGAUCCGAUAUCAGAUAUCGGUCCAAUAUCAGCCAAAAAGUAAUGAUCGGAUUAUAUCGUCCUGCAUCGAAUAUUCCAUUAGUUCUGGGCAGGCUGCCAUACAGUCACCGUGAAAUACCAAGGUGUAUGGUACUGUCACCGUACCGUACUGCUAAAUCUCAAACCAUGGAAAGCCUAAUCGGGACACCCCUAGACUUGACUUUGUAAAACAGAAAAGUGUCACACCAGUUUUCUGACAUCGACAUCCAUUUCUCCUCCUCUUUAGCCUCCAGGGCCGCGUCGCUCCCAGCAGGGUCAGAGGAAGGAGCCCAGGAAGAUCAUCAGCAGCAUGUCCCUCAGUGACGACGUGCAGCUCAACAAGGCGGAGAAAGCCUGGAAGCCAACCGGCAAGAAGUCGACUCGCACCCGAGCCCCGGAGGAGGAGGACGACGUAGACAACCCCGAGCAUAACAAGACCAAGGAGCUGUUCAAGCGUCUGCGCAGCAUCCUCAACAAGCUGACCCCUCAGAAGUUCCAGGAGCUGAUGAAGCAGGUGCAGGAGCUGACGAUAGACACAGAAGAGAGGCUGAAGGGAGCCAUCGACCUCAUCUUUGAGAAGGCCAUCUUAGAGCCCAACUUCUCUGUGGCCUACGCCAACAUGUGCCGCUGCCUUAUGGGGGUAAGUGGCAUGAGAGUUUCAGGGUGUAGCACCUCUGCCGUUCGCUCCAGUGAUGAUCUCUUUUAUGAGCCACGUGUCUGGGCCACUGAAUGUUUGUGAUGGUGUUGAGGAACUGAUGGAGCAGCUUUUUUUCAUCGUUCAUUGUCUGCUCAACAUUUUUACAAUCAAGUUUUUACUCCCUGAAUUUAGUCAUUAAAUUUAAACGUGCAUAAAACUUUCAUUUUUGUCCCUACAGUUGAAAGUCCCGACCACAGACAAGCCAGGACAAACUGUGAACUUUCGCAAACUGCUGCUUAACCGCUGCCAGAAAGAGUUUGAGAAGGACCAGGACGAUGACGAGAUCUUCGAGAAAAAGCAGAAGGAGAUGGAGGCCGCCAAGGAGGUACGACCUUUAAUCUCAAACCAUCACCGCCCAAACAGUUAAAGUUGAUUAUUUUACCCCGUUAAUCAAACACCCGUGUGUGUCCGCCCCCAGGAGGAUGAGCGAGAACGUCUGAGGGUGGAGCUGGAGGAGGCUAAAGACAAGGCCCGCCGCCGCUCUCUGGGAAACAUCAAGUUCAUCGGCGAGCUCUUCAAGCUGAAGAUGCUGACGGAGGCCAUCAUGCAUGACUGCGUCGUGAAACUACUGAAGAACCACGAUGAGGAGUCUUUGGAGUGCCUCUGCAGGCUGCUCUCUACAAUCGGAAAAGACUUGGACUUCGAGAAGGCCAAGGUAAGGAAACUUGAACAGAAAGUUAAAGUUAUUGUACAUUUAUUUAAACAAACAAUCACACUUUGUCACUAUUGAUCACUAUUUUUUAUGUGCCAUGUGUCUGGGCCACUGAUAACUAGUGAUGGGAUUGAGGAUCUGAGGAGACCUCCCAUGAAACCAUGUCCCUUAACCAGUCUGGUGUCGUAUCCAUCUUUUAAAGAAGCCUGUUUUUGUCUGCCUCUCUUUUAGCCUCGUAUGGAUCAGUAUUUCAACCAGAUGGACAAGAUCAUCAAAGAGAGAAAGACUUCAUCCAGAAUCCGUUUCAUGCUGCAGGACGUCUUGGACCUCAGAAAGGUGAGCGUCGGUUCAUUCUUGGUAAAAUAUGAAAUAAACGCCAACAGCAAGGCUUCAAAGGAGAGGUAUAAGCUACAAAUGUGACUAAUAUUCUAUUUCUGAUCAACAGAAUAACUGGGUACCUCGCAGAGGAGACCAGGGUCCGAAAACAAUCGAUCAGAUUCACAAAGAGGCAGAGCUGGAGGAGCACAGGGAGCAGAUCAAAGUCCAGCAGCAGCUCAUGUCCAAGAAGGAGGGAGGCGGAGGAGAAAGAGGAGAAAGAGGAGGAGGAGGAGGAGGAGGGGGCGGCAGGAUGGGCGGAGGCAUGGGGGGCCGAGGGCCUCACACACCGGGCGGCAGGAACAGCCAGCCUCAGGAUGAGGGCUGGAACACGGUGCCCAUCUCCAAAAACAGACCCAUCGACACCACCCGCCUCAGCAAGAUCACCAAGGUGACGUCCGAGUCCGACACAAAAUGACACUCAGGGGUUUCAUGUAAGUUUGAAUCGAUGGUUUGUGACUUUGAGAAAUGCGAAUGAGUCUUUUUUCCUUUUUAAUCAGCCUGGCGCUCUGGACUUCAACAACCAGCUGUUGGCUCCAGGAGGGAAAGGCAUGUGGGGCAGCUGGGGCAAAGGCAGCAGCGGAGGAACCGGAGCUAAACCAGCCAGUGGAGAGCAGGGUAACAAAAGACAACAUUAAAAAAUAAAUCAAUAAAGUGUGUGGUUUGAAGUUGUUGGUUAGUGUUAAUCCGUCUUCUUUCUUCCAUUCAAGACUCGGGUCGUCCAGCUACCAGCACCCUCAACCGCUUCUCAGCCCUGCAGCAGUCCGGAUCAUUGCUGUCUUCUUCAGACUCUGAUCGCAGAGUUCCUCAGAGGUAGUUUUCAGCUGUGGAUUUUCAUAAACCCUUAAUAACGGCUGAUAAUGGUUUCCAAAUUUAAUCUGUGUCGCAGCAGAACAUGAUGCUUAUGAGUGUGACAAAAACGACUAUAUUACUCUCCCCCCAGGUCAAGCUCCAGCCGUGAGCGUGGCGGUGACAGAGACCGGGGCGAUCGCGACCGGGAUCGGUAUGAACGCUUCGAGGGGCGGGAAGGACGCGACGACAGGAGCGCCCAGAACCAAAUCACCAAGAGGAGCUUCAGCAGAGAGUCGCAGGAGCGCGGCGGGAGGGGCGGAGACAGUAGGGCGUCAAACGAGCCUGUGCGGCGUGUCGCCAGCAUGACCGACGAUAGGGACCGAGGAAGCAGGGACCGAGGAAGUAAAGACAGAGGAAGCAGGGACAGAGGAAGUAGAGACAGAGGCAGCAGGGAUAGAGGAAGCAAAGACCAAGGGAGCAAAGACCGGGGAAGCCGGGACAGGGGUCUGAGCAAAGAUCUCGCAGGUAAUAAAGCAGCUGCAGAGAAAACUCCCUCUUUGAGCUCGCCACACUGUGACUGAGCUCAGAGGAUCGAUGAUUAACAUCUCUUUUCUUUACAGCUAAGCGUGAGAGCGCCCCCACUCCUCCUCCAACUCUUCAGAAAUCUUCCAUGACAGAGGAGGAGGUGGAGAAGAAGUCCAAAGCCAUCAUUGAAGAAUACCUCCACAUCAACGACUUGAAGGUACAAACACGACACACAGUGAUCUUCACGCACACAUAAUCAGGCUCUCCAGUAAACGUGAAAGCACCUCUAAUGCCCUGCGUUGUUCUCUUGGUUCUGUAGGAGGCGCUGCAGUGUGUGGCAGAGCUCAACAGUGUCCCGCUGCUCUUCGUGUUCGUGCGGAAUGGCGUGGAGUCGACACUCGAGCGAAGCACAAUCGCAAGAGAGCACGUGGGCCUGCUGCUGCACCAGCUUGUCAAGGCUGGAACUCUGCCCCCAGCACAGUACUACAAAGGGUGAGCUCUGAACACAAGACAGACGGACAGAAGUGAUCGAAUAUCUGUUUGUUUUGACUCUAAACUAGGAUCUGUUUGAAUCGAAUAGCUGUGUGGUUUAAGAAGGACUGAGCGCUCUGUGUCCUCUUUGACUGUAGGCUGGAGGAAACCCUGGAGGCAGCUGAAGACACAGCCAUAGAUAUACCUCACAUCUGGCUCUACCUGGCUGAACUCAUCACCCCCAUGCUCCACGAGGGAGGCAUCCCUAUGGGAUCGCUCUUCAGGUGAGCAGGAGGUGUAGGCCAGCAUCUGGACAUGACUGUAUUGAUUAAAAAAACAGUUAGAGCACAAACUAAAUAGAGGAUUUUUUUCAUAUUCCUAACCCUCAUCAAGUCCUGACAAGUGGAGUAACUGGUGUUUACUUUCUGUUAAUGUUGCCGAUUGUGUCUGCAGGGAGAUCGCGAAGCCUCUUGUGCCUCUGGGGAAGGCUGGCGUGCUGCUGGUACAGAUCCUCAAGUUACUCUGCAAAGGAAUGGUACGUCCUUUUUUCUCGUAUCGAUCACUGCUGCCUCAUAUCAUCUGUAUUUCAAGUUUAACAUUUUCGACUAAUUUGUUCAAAAUGUUGCUGCUUUUUAAUCCCUCAGACCCCUAAGAAGGUUGGUGCUAUGUGGACCGAAGCUGGCCUGAACUGGACUGAAUUCUUACCUGAGGACGAAGACGUCAACAAGUUUGUGACUGAGCAGGUUUGUGCGUUACAGUCGUGCUAAACAAUAAACAAUAAAGCAGGAAUUAGUACUUAAAUGUUGUAAAUUUCAAAUAAGGGGCCCAGCAGUUUCCCUUUCCUUAACGGUCUCGUUUUGAUCCAUUUCGGUGGUGCGGAUUUAAAGGUAAAAACAUACAAAGAAGUAAAAGAAAUGUUGUUUUUUUUUCGCCUCAUCAGAAAGUGGAGUUCACCACCGGAGAGGAAACAGAGUCAAAGGAGGAGGGUAAGAAGAAAGCCCUCAGUGGAGAGGAGCUGAGCAAACAGCUGGACAGACUUCUGCAGGACAAAGCCAACAACCAGCGGAUCAGAGACUGGGUGGAGGUAAGAGACUGCCGAGGUUUGAUUUUCACACCUUGGAUAAAUGAGUAGUGAUUUGUUUCUUGAUUAAAAGUCAUCUUCUGAAAUUGUUUGUUAUCAUUGUUUCCAGGCCAACUUGGACGAACAGCAGAGCACUUCCAACCAGUUUGUACGAGCACUGAUGACCUCAGUGUGUCAGUCUGCCAUCAUAUGUGAGUAUGACAAAUUCAACAUGCCAAACACCGCAGCCAGACUCAGCGUAUGUCUCUAUCCGUUAGUCAUCACAACGUGCAAACGUACACUUUUUCACUUUUUCUUGCACACUGGUGUUUUCAUGUCUGAAACGACUUCUUUUCAUCGCUAGUGGUGUUUUUAUCUCCUGAACAGCCGGAGCUCAAGCCUCUCUUUUUUUUUCCCUCAUCGUUUCAGGUGACAACCCAUACAGAGUGGACGCGAGGCAGAUAAGCCAGAGGGCCAGUCUGCUGCAGAGAUACCUGUAUGAUGAGCAGAAGGAGCUGCAGGCCCUGUACGCUCUCCAGGCUCUGAUGGUGCACAUGGAGCAGCCAGCGAGUGAGUGUCUCCGCUACGAAUCUAUGUCUCUCUGGCGCCGGCGGUUACAUGUGAUCACAGAAAAUAUAGAUACCUCAUAGUAGAGUGUGACCAUGUCGCUUUUAGUGUAAAGCUGACAGGGAAAAUACAAAUUCUGUUCAUUAUUACUGUGUUUGGGUUAAGGGGUUAGGGAUUGAGUGACUCAUCUCGGACACAGCCUAGUUCUUUCUUUUCAUUGAAUUGAAGCUUCCCUUACUCUCCAGCUACAGGAGGGGUAUUAAAUGAUCUACACAGGCUGUCAGCUUCCACUUGGUGGCGCUGAAGCAUCAUGGAGGAGAUCCCAGUGUUUGAUUCAUUCAGUCGUCCUUUGACUCAGUGUUUCGUUUAUUCCUGAGAGGACAGUAAAAGAAGAUAAUAGCUUGUUUAUGAAUUUCCUGCAGUGUAAUUCAGUUAAACAGUAAAUCAGCUCGUAAGUCCCGAAAUGUCGCUUAGUCAUGAUUUGUGUGUCGACUCAGUGAUUUACAAAGGGGCCUCUGAAGGACAAUGAUUGAGAGCUACUCAAGGAUUUAAAUGCCAACUCAGUUCAGUGUCACACCAGAGUCUAGCACUACGUAUUUUUAGAGGGAUUUGAACAUCGAGGCAGAGGACACAAAAACAUAAAUGAAAUCUGUUUUCAAUAAGGCAUUAUGAAUCAAAGUCAGAGCUGCUGCAGAAUAAAACCUUUAUCAGAGGGUUUGAAGAUCAAUGCAGCAAAUACUGUUUUGGAAAAGGUGAUUUAUUCCUUCAAGAAAAAGGCUGAGCCAAGCACCGGAACAGACGGGAGAGAUGCUUUUAAAGAGAAAGCUUACUUUCAUACGGUCGUAAACGCCAACUUUUGCUUCUCAUCAGUAGUUGAAUUAGUGCGGCUGUAUUUUUAAGCGAUGUAAAUGGUUUAAAAAGCUGCAAGUGCAAAGUCGAAAGACGGAGAGAAAAUGCGGAUCUUGCAUUCACAUAAAAGACUUUACAUCAUCCAAAGGGAUGGAUGUGUGUGCAAAAAGUGAUGUAACUUAGUUGCUCUCACACGGGCCUGCUGUGCAAGUUGAACAGCAUGAGCUCAGAUCAGGCUGCAGGGCUUGUGUUAUCAGUCCCCUCCUUUGGCAGCACGCUGCAGCAGAAUGAUCGUUUUUUUUCAGUCCUUACAUUCAGUCAGUAUUGAUCCCUCUGUAUUGUGUCCUUGCAGACCUGCUGCGGAUGUUCUUUGACGCUCUGUACGACGAGGACGUCAUUAAAGAGGAGGCCUUCUACAAAUGGGAGUCCAGCAAAGACCCUGCAGAGCAAACAGGCAAAGGCGUGGCCUUGAAAUCCGUCACCGCUUUCUUCACCUGGCUCCGUGAGGCCGAGGAGGAGUCCGACAAGGAGUAAAUAAAACAGACUGGACUGAAAGCUGCCCAACCCCCCCUGUGGCUAGGCGGGGGUUCUGCAGGCGGCUGCUGAGAUUCAUGGACAAUAUUGCCAGAGGCAGACUCAAAUCAAUCCUCAAUGAGGAUAAAUCUUUAUUAUGUUUUCUUUUCUUGGAGGGAUGGACUCAGAAAACAAUCAUUUCUCUCUCUACCCUCCCUCUCUUGCUUCCUCAUUAUUUUCCCACCUGCUUCUGACAGCAAGUGUCCUCGACAAAUAAACUUGAAAACUGAUUGAGCAGGAUUGCUUGUUAACGAGGUGUGUAGUCUGCCACUACAAAACCUUUUACUUUUACUUUUGGUCACAAUAACAUAAAACCAACCGGCUGCUUUUUUAUGGUUCUAGAUAAUUCUGCCUAUUAUCUGACGUGCAAGAACAGACCGUAGGGAGUGUGUGUUGUUAUGGGUUCUCUGAUAUGUGGGUGUCAUCAUGUGUGUUCAAUCCAAACUCGGUUCUUAUGUCCUUGUCCUUUACUGGAGUGCGCAGCAUGACUGAAGUGUGUUUCUAUUAAUGCUAACGGUGGACGAUACGCUGAAAGACAAAUGUUCAUGAACUUCUUUCUUUGAUGAAUGGAAUUUUUAAAGCAUAGGUCAUCUAUUUUCUCUUCCUGUUGCCCCCGUCAUGAACUCAGAGGCAGAAAUACGGAGGACUGAUGCUGACCAGUGAUCCUGACUACUAGGGGGUGGUCUUAAUGCUUCCUCUAAGCCAUCCUCUCCCAUCCCCAGUAGUGAACCACACUGACUGACUCUUCAUCUUUACCUCUUCUAUACUUAAACCUGAGCUGUCGUAGAGGACACUUAAUGACCCAAUCACCAUUAAAACUUGAAAUCUACAGAAAAUUGACUUGAUGAAAUAUAUAAAGAAAAAAAAGGAAAACAAAACAUUAAAAAAAAAAACAAAAAAAAAAACAGAAAUGAUCCGAAAGCCUUUUCUACUCUAAGUGGAAACUUAUUUCAGGAGCGUUCUGUAAAUAUAUAAUAAUAAUUACAAAAAACUUUUUUUCUUCAGUUUUAUUUUUCAGAAAUUAUAAAUUGCUGAUGUAAUUGCAGUGUCCUUUUCCAACAGAAACCGCAGUUGUCCAGAUGCAGAGAGGUGCUUUAGAUAAUCCAGUGAUUAUUAUUAGUUGUAUUGGAAUUUUGUAAAUAUUUUUUUUUUGCUUUCUUUAUUUAAGAAAUUAUCGCUUCUUUUGCAUCGGAAACUGGAAAGAUGAGGUUAUGGAGCAUUGCAAAUAAAGGACUUACUAAGUUGCUGAGCAGA